UUUUAUUCUAAACAAUAACAACAGACGAUGGGAAACUCAAAAGAUCAAGGUUUACGACAGGUGGAAGAGCUUUUAAGAAAAGACAUUGAUACAUCACAAUACGAUCCUAAUCAAAGUGAAGACGAGCGUCGUUUAUUACGUAGUCAAUACCGUGAUUUACAAGAACAAACUUUUGAGAAGAGACGUGAAUUAGUAGCGCAGGAUUCCGGAGAUGGAUUACUAAAGGUUUUAAGCCAGUCUAACACAUUAUUUAGUCAAGUGAGAAAUACACAAGAAGCCAUUUUGGAUUCUAGAUUUAUGGUUCUGGCCUCGGAUCUCAAUUCGCAAAAGGCACAAAAUAUCAAUAUUGGACAAGACACGGAAGUCAACCUGGAUGAAUUUGUAGCAAAAGUCAUCACAACCUCCAGUGAAGGGCCCAAACAUAUCCACGACGUGAGUUUAGAUUGGGAAUACAUCGGUAAAAAAGCAAGCACAUUUGGUAAGAGAGCAUAUACGAUGGAUUUUAUGCUGGGACCUUUAUCUGUUCAACGUAAGGAAAGUAAGAGGGUAAGAACAGGAAAACUUAGCAAGAAUAAGGAUGAUUUGGUCAUGCCAGCCCAGCUCAAAGAAGGAGACAUCCAAAAACAAGAAAAUGAAACUUCUAAUAACGUCAACAAUAUAUACAAGACACUGAGUGAAUUGGGUCCUAUCAACUACUUCAAAUUUGUAACGAACCCUGAUUCUUUUUCACAAACAGUCGAAAAUAUCUUUUAUGUUUCGUUUUUAGCGAGAACUGGAGUUGCUGGUAUUAGUACUGCCACUGGGCAACCUAUAUUGGAAAUAAAGAAACCUCAAGAUGAUAGUAACAUGGAGGAUAUGGUGAGCAAGAAACAGAUUAUAAUGGGCAUCGAUAUCAAAGAUUGGAAAGAUAUCAUUGACACCUACCAGAUAACAAGCUCAUGUAUCCCAACCCGUCCCAUCAAAGAAAAUGGUACAUCAACAUCAGGUUGGUAUUAAUUUAAUAUAUCGGUGUACAAUAAAAAUGCAUAAUUAUGCUGUGUUUCUGUAAACACUGACUCUAUUGUCGUCAUAUCUUAAUUACACAAGCUGGCGUUAAUAACUCGCUCACUCCCUCUUAAAAGUGCUUUGUUGUGAAUUGAAAGCGGGUACACGAAAC